AUGAUUCUCCUAGCUCGAACCACGCCGAUUGAAGAAGUGAAGAAACCGUCGGAGGGCCUCUCGCUCUUCUUCAUCGACUUUGACAGGGCCGCCCCUGGUCUAGAUCUACGGAAGAUCAAGAAGAUGGGGGGACGGAGUGUGGAUGCCAACGAAGUCUUCUUCGACGAGUACAGAAUACCGGCAGAUAGUUUGAUCGGAAACGAAGGUGAAGGAUUCAAGAUCGUCCUUCACGGAAUGAAUGCCGAGAGAUGUCUGCUUGCAGGGGAAGCACUCGGCCUGGGAUACAUUGCCCUAGAGAAAGCAGCCAAAUAUGCCAAAGAGCGAGUUGUCUUUGGCCGUCCCAUCGGCCAGAACCAGGCCAUUGCUCAUCCCCUCGCCGCGGCAUAUAUGAGCCUCGAGGCAGCAAAGCUGGCAACAUACCAUGCCACCAAGCUCUACGAUGAGAGCAGAAACGAUUCAGCUAUCACACAGCAGUCUGUCGGCGUAGCAUGCAACUCAGCCAAGUAUCUCGCAGCCGAAGCCGCCUUUGCCGCCUGCGAGCGAGCAGUCCUCACUCUUGGAGGAAUGGGUUAUGCCCAGGAAUAUCAUGUCGAGCGGUACCUGCGAGAGUGUUUCGUCCCCAGAAUCGCACCCGUAAGCCGGGAGAUGAUCAUGAACUUUAUCAGUGAAAAGGCUCUUGGUCUCCCUCGAAGCUAUUAA